AUGGUGGUGGUCAUUGAGGAGAACUACAUAUGGGAUCCAGUUUUCAUAUCAAAAAGAGAGGACCACUUGACGGCUUCAAGCUCCCAGAAUAAUGCAGUUUCAAUGUCGUCUUCUUCAUCUAGCUCCCAAACAUCGGGUGUGGAUGCACUACUUGAUUCCCAUGGAUGUGUGAUAUGUAACUCCACCCCAUCUUGUCCUCAAUGUAAAAGUUAUCAACAAUGUGCAAUGACGACACAAACGUGUGCACAAUGUCCAACUACAUACUGCUUAGAUAAUAGUGAUGGCACCAACUCCACAGGUGUAAACUCACUUAAUAGUGCCGAGAUCGGUGGUAUUGCGGGAGGCUUAAGUGGGUUUGUGUUUAUUUUACUUCUGGUGGGUAUCUAUUUCUUGUACAAGAAGUACAAGAAUCACCUUCUUGUUGAUUAUGAACUGGGAAUAGGUGAAGAGAUGAAAGAGUUGACAGGAUUCAACGACUACGAUGACGGUUUUGAUGAUGGUGCUGGUGGUGGAUAUGGAGAUGGAGUGAGAAACAGUGUGCGUAAUGCUAGAUCAUCACAGUUCUUACAUCCUGGUAAUGCGGAAAAAAGGAUGUCACAGACCAGUUUAUCCACAGUGACGAAUUCAGUCUUGACAAAGGCUUCCAAUGUUUUGAAUAUUGUCUACAUUCCAGGUGUCACAAACAGCCGGCCUGCAAGACCUAUUGUUGGCGGAAGUAGAAGAAACACCAGAAGAGCUGUCAACUCUACCUACAGUAGAGGUAUGAGCGUUUACUCCAAAGAGACGUAUUUCAGUGAUUUGGAGAAUGCUUCUUUUCACGGUGGUAACGUGGCUACUCGAGGUGGUAACCCAACGCUUGUUGAGAUAAAUCAGGAUGAUUACAAUUACGACGAUGAAGAUAAGGGCCUGCGUGACGAGGAAGAAGAAGUAAAUUAUCCGAUUAACAUCAAUCUGCAGCUACCUCCAUUGCCAGAGAGGAGACAAAUGGAUGACGAUAUUGUAGAGGAAGAAGAUGAAGCGGAAGACGAGAUGGAAAGAAGAGAGCGUAGCAACAGCUUCAUAGACGGAUACGAAAGCGAUAUCGAUGAUACCCAUCAAAGAAGAAAAGAAGGAGGAGAAGGAGAAAGAGGAAGAGAAAGAACUUUUAUCGGGGAAGAAGAAGGAGAAUCAGGCGAGGAUGCGGAGGAUGCUAUUCAUCUUGAUAUCGGGCUGUCGGACAGCAAUGAACAUAUUGCCAAUUCUAACAACCACAGCAACGGCAACUACAGCAGAACGGUUCCGAACAGAUAUGCUGCACUUGUUGAAAAGAAGGAUCAGCUGAACUACGCUCAUUUAGGUCCGUUUGCCUCAAGUAAGGAUGCGGAGGAGGGAACGGAUUUACAUAACGAAUCCUAUUCUGACAGCUCUUCCGACUCUGACGAAGAAAACAUUGAGAUGCUCCUCCAUCAGAGUGGCCAGAGUAGCAACAGCAAUACCAACAGCAACCUUUUCAACUCCAACACCAGCAACCCAUUCCUGUCUCCUCUGGAUUAG